GACACGUAGCAUCGUCCACGGUCUUCGUAUCUGUCUUGUCUCCAUCUUCGCAUCCGAAGACUUUCGUAUGUCUGCAUGAGAAUCUGUUCGAAACAGUGCAGACAGAUCUCCUAAGACUCUCUCUUUUGACACGAUCGAUAUAUAUAUAUAUAUAUAUACACACAUACAUAUAUAUAGUAUUAUAUAUUAGGAUCAUUAUACAAGCCCAAUAAUAUAAUAUUAUAUCCAAAAGGUCUCAAACGCCGAACAUGCAGAUCCUUCAAUGGCUCUUCAAGUUGGCAAAAGAGGGAAGCAGAUCAGAAGCCUGUUCGACCAUACACAAUGAUUCAACUCUAAUAACCACAAAUCCAAGAACGCAUCCGAAGGAUAUAACUCGGACAGAAACCUCGAGAGAAUCCAAACAUGGACAAAGGAAGGGCCUUAGACGAGGAGUAUGGGGGUUCUGUAAAAGAGAUGCGGUGGACGAGGCAUGCUUCUACGGCACUCUGAGUUUACGAAGACUGAGGCUAAACUGCCCGGAGAGGAGAGGAAGAAGGUGGGAAGAGCUGUUUCGUUCGAUCUCAAAGGCGAAACAACGAACAGAAGAAGGAGUUGUCUCAAGGAGAUUGGAUUCGGACACGAUCAGAAUCUUAUUGCCGGUGACAGAAGCAACAGACCUGAAUCUUGCGGGGAAUCUUGAAAACGGAACUCGAGAUAGAAGGAAGAAGGAAGAGACGUCGACUAAAGCGAAAUCCGCCGUUUCUAGGAUGAAAGAGCUCGUCAGAUGGGCUGCAGCCACCAAAACGGACAAGGCGGUCGAAUUCAUCUACCCUAAGAUGAAGGAGGAGUCGAGAGGGAGACAGAUGAAAGACGAAUAUGAGAUAAUGAGUUUGAGAAUGAAGAGAGAGAGUUACGCUGCCGUGGGCUCCACACAACAAUACCAUUUCGGCUCCUAUACCUAUACGAGAGGAAAUUGGAUCACCACCGAUUCUGAAUUUGUGGUGUUGGAGUUAUGAAUGGGGGCCGUCUAAGAAGAGGACAAUUUGUUGGAUUUGCGAUCAUUUUUCUCAAAAUAUAAAUAUGAAAAAUUAUCAUCUUAUUGAAAUUUAGAUAUAAUAAUCUCGAAUUUUUCAUAACGCCCAUUAAUGAUAUCCC